AUGAAAAAACACGAUAAUGUUGACGACAAUGAUGAUGAUUUAAAAAAGUUAAAACUAAAAGAUACUAUAAUAAAUAUUCACGAAGUCAACAAUAAUGAAAAUGAGAAUUAUUAUAAUGAUAAUAAAAUCAUCGUAAAUUAUAUUUUAAAUAUUUUAUAUAAUGCAUUCGUAGCGAUUUUAAAUCUAGUAAUGUUAGUUGGAAGUAUCGUAUUGUGUCAUAUGAUUAUCAAAAAUGCAAAAAUACCAAAUUUCACAUUUAUAUCUAAAGAAAUGAUUUUGAUAUAUAUUAUUGUUGAAAUUUUGGUAAGAAUGUUAGGUAUUAUUCAACUCAAUGAAUCAAUGAGCAAAUUAAAAAAUGGUUUACUAUUGAAUUUUAAAGAAAAAGCCGGAAUGAUAUUAGCAAAAAAGGAAUUUUAUAUUCUUUAUGGAAGAAAAAGAUUAUCUUUACUUCAAAUUUUUGAAUUAUCAAACGUAUCAGAUAAUACAAUUGAUAUUUUUAAUGUUAAAACAAUUCAGUUUAAGAUUGAAGCUUCAUUAUUGCUAAUUUCAACAUUUUUAAUGAUAAUUAGAUUUGUGUUCUAUUAUAAAACCACAACAAAAUUAGAAGAACAAUCAGAAGAACAACAAUUUUCUUUAUCAUCAAAAUACACUCAUAAACAUGGUAGUAAUGGAUUUGCUUCCUUACUUAUUCCCUUGCUGGAUUUAGUAGAUUUUAUUAAUUUACAUUAUAUGCUUUAUUAUUGUGGUCUUUUGAUCAAUAGUUUAUAUAAUUCGCUUAGAUCAUUAAUUAGAUCAUUGGUUAGAAAGAAAGGUGUGAUGUCAUUUGUGGAUGUUAUUGCUGCAUCAUCGCCUGUGAUGCUACAAUGUGUUGUGCGUGGCAUGACUGUUGUUCCGACGUUUAUCUAUUUUCCGGAAUCUGUUCAAGAUGUUGUAAUCGCUCAGGACAUAGAAACCAUUCAGGAAGUGGCGACUGUUCAGGAAGUGGUGACUAUUCAGGAAGUGGUGGCUGUUCAGGAUGUUGUGAUUGUUCAGGAUGUUGUGGCUGCGGUGACUGUGAUGACUGAAUAA